CUCAGUUAGUCGUUGGUCAGGCGCGGAAGUAGACGUGUUACAGAAAAGUGAAACUUUAAAAAUACGCUACCAAUCGGGAAUCCCAAAAUGAUCAAAACUUCAGUGGACAAGCGUCGCGUUUGCGUAAUAGGAGCUGGAACAGCGGGGUUGUGCGCGCUGAAGAACUCCCUGGAAGCGGGUCUGGAUGCGGUGGCCUACGAACGCGGCACCGAAAUCGGGGGAACUUGGAUUUUCUCCGAGGAAAUGCCCAAGAACGAGUACGACGAGGUGCACAGCAGCAUGUACGAGGGCCUGCGCACAAAUCUUCCGAAGGAGGUCAUGGGCUAUCCGGACUACUCGUACCCCGACGACAUCGCCGAGUCCUUCAUCACCUCCAACCAGGUGCUGGAAUUUCUGCGCUCCUACGCGGAACACUUCAAGCUAAAGCCCCACAUCAAGCUCCAGCACGAGGUGAUAAGAGUGCGUCCUCGCUUGGACGACUGGGAGGUCUACGUAUGGGACCACAGCACGGAUACCUGUGACCCAAUCUACUACGACUUCGUGUAUGUCUGCAACGGGCACUACACGGAACCGGACCUCCCGGAAGUCGAGGGAUUAGAUCUGUUCGAGGGCAAGAAGAUGCACAGCCACCUCUACCGCAAGGCAGAUAAGUUUAAAGACGCGCGUGUGCUGAUCAUUGGCGCCGGUCCCAGUGGCAUGGACAUCACCAACCAUGUUCGCGAGGCUGCCAAACAGGUCUUCCUAAGCCACCACCUUUCCACGACCCCAAACACAGCAUUUAUGGGCAACGUAACGCAGAAACCGGACGUGCAGCGCUUCACCAAGGAUGGAGCCGUCUUUACGGACGGCAGCACGGAGAGCUUUGACCACGUGAUGUUCUGCACCGGAUACAAGUACACAUUCCCCUGCCUCAGCACCGAUGUGGGUGUCCAGGUGAUAGACAACUUCGUGCAACCACUGUGGAAGCACUGCGUCAACAUCAACCACCCGACCAUGGCCUUUGUGGGCCUGCCCUUCAACGUGAUUCCCACCCACAUCUUCGACAUGCAGGUGCGCUUCACGCUGAAGUUCUUCACGGGCCAGCGGAAGUUUCCCUCCCGGGAGCAGAUGAUCGCCGAUCUGGAGCAGGAAAUCGGAGAGCGGUGGGGCUGCGGCGUGCGCAACCAGAAUAAAGCACAUCAGAUGGGCGAGCGACAGUUUGUCUACUACAAUGAACUGGCCAGUAUCGCGGGCAUCGAGAACAUCAAGCCAGUUAUCCACAAGCUGAUGAAGGACUGCGGCAAGAAGUACAUUUUUGAAUUGGACACGUACAGGAGCAACAAGUAUACGAUUGUAGACGAUGAAAACUUUUUGAAGAACGGAGAAGCUAUUGUAUGAUGAAACUGAUUUCAUCCCAUUCUAAUAUCUUAGGUUAGGCGAUAAAAAUGUUUCACUGUAGUACACGAAGAUUUAGCGGAGUCUUCGGUUCGGUUUCUUUUAACGGAUUAUAACUCAGAUGUGUUAAUUAAUAUUUUUAUAAGUUUUUUACAAUGUAAAUCAUAUUAAGUUUUGAACAAUUAAGUCAAAACGUUUGUUUGCUAAACAGGACUAUAUCUGAUAAUGUCCACCAUAGUUCUUUAGUCUCUUUAGUUCUAAGACUCGUUCACAUUGUAGAAGUCUAAUUAAAAUGUUACUCCCGAA